AUGCUCAUUGACCCUGCAUUCCUGCCUUGGGCAGAAGGAAAAGGCGUCAAGUUAAAGGGCAUUGAACCUCGAAUUCUCCCUGGUCGAGGUAUUGGUAUUAUUGCAACUCGCGACAUCAGAGCAAAUGAGACAAUAUUGAGUGUGCCAACAAAAGCACUCCGUACCAUUGACACUGUCCCAAAGCACAUCUCUGAACCUCUCCACGGCGUCUCAGUUCACGGCAUCUUGGCUGUCGAGAUAGCUUUAGAUGAUAGUGACGACUUUGCUAUAUGGAGAACUGUCCUUCCAACUCGGGAGGAUCUAGAAGGCGGUAUGCCUAUGAUGUGGCCGAGUGAACUCCAAGCUCUUCUCCCCAAACGAGCCAAGGAUCUCUUGGACAACCAAACCACAACAUUCCGGCGCGAGUGCGAGAUUGUCCUCAAAGCAUUUCCGAAACUGACCAGGGAUGAAUAUCUGUACGCUUGGUUACUUGUAAACACAAGAACUUUUUACAACAGUAUGCCUAAGAUGAAGGGCUACGCUCAUGCUGACCGGCUGGUUUGCAUGCCAACAGCCGAUCUUUUUAACCACGCUGAUCAGGGAUGCACACUCGCAUACUCCGCGCUUGGAAACAGCAUCCAAACAGAUCGGGUCUAUCGCCAGGGCGAGGAAGUAUACCUCUCGUAUGGUCCUCACUCAAAUGACUUUCUCCUUACCGAGUACGGUUUCAUUCUGGACACGAAUCGCUGGGACGAGGUGUAUCUAGACGAGGUGAUCCUACCAAAGCUCAACAAGACACAACGCGCGGACCUUAAAAGCAUUAAUUUUCUAGGCCGGUACGUCCUCGAUGACCAGACUCGGGGGUGUCAUCGCACUCAAGUUGCUCUACGCAUGCUAUGCUGUACGCCGAGACAGUGGCAGAGGUUCUUCGAUGCCGAAGAUGACGGACGUUCGUCACAGGCUGAAGUAGAUGACCUAUUGUUGACUGCGUUGAAAGAGUUUUUGGAGAUUGUCGAAAAGACGAGCAGCGAUAUUGAUGAAAUAGAGGGCGGAUCGAGUAGCCAGCGUGAGCUAUUACGGCGGAGGUGGCAGCAGAUUGCGUCUAUGGUGACGAAAACAAUAGAAUUGCUGUCAUAA